GGGAAGGAACGAGUCUCGGGCGAAGAAGGAAGCCAGUCUUGUUUGCGCCAUGGCGCUGUCUGUGCUACUGUCGGUCUUAUUGUUGACGUGCGUUUUGACGGACGCGUUUUCCGAGGUGAUCGUGUACCGUUGUUGUCCGAAGAACCAGACGCUGAGCCCUUCCUGGGAAUGCACGGGAGCGGUGAAAGAAAGGAGCUGGGCACCGGUCGUCUACGUGCAGGACAACGGCACGUUCAUCACACCCGGCACCGUCCCCGAUACUUGGCGAUACAGCGUCCGCCGCCCCGAGUGCAGGGAUAAACAGCAAAUAGGUUUCUUCAGAUCGAAACCCGAUCCGCCGGCGUUCGUGACCCUCUUGGACGGCCGGCUUUUGACGAGUCCGUUGUUCAAAGAGGCGUACCAGACGUCCGAGUUCUGCCUCGAUCAGACGGGCGCGUUGGUCUGCACCAACUUUACUGACGAGCGGGAAAUCCUGAUCCCUAAAUGCUGCGGCACCGGGGGCUCGUAUUCCGAGCGGCAGAAGGCCUGCUUUCUCACCAAAGCGACCCACUGGGAAUUCAUGCAUCUUAACACGGUUCAGAAGUUCCCCGACUGUCCCGGGCAGGGUCCAGACUUCGUCAUAGGGGGUAAGCUCAAUCUGACACACUGGUUGAAAGAGAACGGCACUCUGGAAGACGACGAAGGGAGAAAGCUGUCGCCCGACGAGUUUUGCCUGGAGAAGAUCGAGGAGAACCUAGAAGGUCCGGUGCAUGUGUUCACCUGCCCGCCUAUCGAAACCGGCUCCAAAAGGCACAACGACAUCAGAUUCACACUCUAUCCUCUGGGCUUUUUCCUGUCCGUCUUCUUCCUCGCCGUGACGCUCAUCGCUUCCUGCCUACUUCCUAGCACGUAUCACGUACUUCACUGGAGGUGUCAGACGAACCACGUCGCCUGCUUGCUUAUCGGCGACCUACUGCUCGCGGUCACUCAACUUUCCGGCGAUGCGCUUCAAGGACCCGGCUGUGUUUUCAUCGCCAUCUCGAUGCAUUUUAUAUUCUUGGCGGCUUUCUUCUGGCUCAACACGAUGUGCUUCAACAUCUGGUGGACUUUCAGGGACUUACGACCGGCCAGCCUGGACAAGGGUCAGGAGGCGUGCAGACUGCGCAUCUACGAACUUUACGCCUGGGGAGGUCCACUCCUUAUCGCCGGUAUCGGCGCGAUUUUCGACCACCUGCCCGACAAAGGUCACAACCUGAUCAGGCCCAGGUUCGGAGAGCACAGGUGUUGGUUUUACGGCGAUGCUGAACUGCUGUACUAUUUUUUCGGCCCUAUUGGAGUUUUGCUGCUGUUGAAUUUAACCCUGUUUGCUGCAACUGCACGUGAGCUGACCUGCGGCCUCUGGAAAACCGAGGUCGUCAAGUCGAACACUGAAAGAGCUGCAUUAGGAAGAGUGUGUCUGAAAUUGGUGGUCGUGAUGGGUGUGACAUGGGUUGCAGAUGUAGUUUCUUGGGCUGUCGGUGGUCCUGACUAUAUCUGGUAUCUCACCGACAUCAUCAACGCCCUGCAAGGCGUUCUUAUAUUUGCAGUUGUCGGAUGUCAACCUCAGGUCUGGGCAGGAGUGAAGCGCCUCUGGUGCAUGUCCGGGUCGCCGAAUGACAACCACAACGUCAGGUCUUCGUCUUCCCAUGCCCUGCCAUCGCUCAACGACCAAAACACUUCAAUAACUAACACAUCGACGAAAGCUAUCGAGACGCUGUGUUAGAUCUAUUUGUAAAAAAAAAAAUUGUAAAUAUUUGGCAACAGACAAGACUGACUUUUUUUCUUUGUCCAGAAUGCAAUUUGAAUAACGAUACAAAUAGAAAUAUGAUUUAGGCGAACUCUGAUUUCAAAUCAUGAUAAACAUUCUUUUUAUUUGAUAUUUAACAAUAACCAGCCACCCCCCGAGUGAAGAUUUAUCAACUAAUUAUAAUUAGUUGUAUUUGAAAUAUAUAAAAAAUAAUUUAUUAAGGUAAUGUUUUUAAAUGUUUGUUAUUAAAAAGUACAUAUUUUGUAUAUAUAAAUUUAAAACUGUUUUUUUCUCUGUAUAUGUGUCGUUAAACAACAUUAACAUUUUUAAACUAUAAGAAUGGACUUUAUAUUCAUUGUGUUGUAAAAAUGUGUACUACUUCAUAGCAAGUUGGCAAUUUUUCCUUAAAAUAAGCGUGUGUAUAUUAACUUACCAGAAUAAUUAUAAGUGAAUCCAAAUUAAGGAUUUUACAGCAAGUACCAAAAUCGACUUUUGUAAAUGUAGUCAUUUAUAUUCAUUCUCUUGCAAAAUGCCAUUUUUCUGGCUGUAAAUUCUAACUUUCAGGGACCAAAGUCGGUUUAGGUUGAUUUUUUCUCUACCUUACUCUUUUUCAUCUAUUUUUAUUUUUUACAAACUCAGAUAUUUUUAUUGUUAUCUAAUACAUUUUAUUUUAAGACUGCCUCCAGUAAUUUUGUGUUGUAUAUUGUAUAUAGUUAUUUAUUCCUUAAUAUGUUCAUUAUGUUUUUUAAGAAUCUAUGUUCCUUUUAUUAUCACAGUUCGGUUACCAAAGGUGUGCACUGUAUCUCCAAAACGCCCUGGAAACCCAGCCAGUGUGAAUUAUUUGAAGUUUUUCGUUCAAAUGAGCUAUUUAUUCCAAAGAUCCUCCAACGGAGGAAGAUAUGAUUAACAAAUAAAAGCUUUCAAUUGUAAUAAUUUUUGAUCAAGUAAUGUAGUUAUUUUACAUUUUU